ACCAAUGGCGAACGGCGCAUUUGGGCGGGGCGGUGGAGGACGCGCGGCGCUGAUUGGUCGGAGCCGCGUGAGGGGCGUGGCCGGCGCCGGGGUGACAAGAUGGCGGCGGAGCCGGUGGAGCUGCACAAGCUGAAGCUGGCCGAGCUGAAGCAGGAGUGCCUGGCGCGGGGGCUGGAGGCCAAAGGCAACAAGCAGGACCUGAUCCACCGGCUCCAGGCCUACCUGGAGGAGCACGCUGAGGAGGAGCCCAACGAGGAGGAUGUGCUGGGAGAGGAGAUUGAGGAGGAGGAGCCCAAGGCGCCGGAGCCGCCCGUGAAGGUGGAGGAGGCGCCGGUGAAGUCGCCCGACGUGAUCCAGGAAAAGAAAGUGGUGAAAAUCUCCUCGGAAAUCUCCCAGAUGGAGAGGAUGCAGAAAAGGGCCGAGAGGUUCAACGUCCCCGUCAGCCUGGAGAGCAAAAAGGCAGCGAGGGCAGCACGGUUCGGCUUGGCCACAAUUCCCACAAAAGGGCUCUCAGCAGAAUCCAAACCCACGAUAAACCUGGAAAAGCUCAAGGAAAGGGCCCAGAGGUUCGGCCUCAACGUCUCCUCCCUCUCCAAGAAGAGUGAGGAGGAUGAGAAGCUGAAGAAGAGGAAGGAAAGGUUCGGGAUCGUCACCGGGGCCGGCGCCACUGAGGAUUCCGAGGCAAAGAAGCGGAAAAGAGCAGAAAGGUUCGGGAUCGUCUGAGCUGCUCCGGCCUCUCCUCAGGUCAGGGAAUUCCCCUUUUCCCUCAUUCCCAAUUUUCCAUGGAAUUUCCAACCCCACCCAAGGAAUUCCCC